AGCACCAGGAACAUCUUGUGAUGGAUGAUAUACAGAGGGUGGAGAGUUGGGACUUCAUCCCAAUCAGAUUGCUGAGAUACGAGACAGCUCAAUACUACUUUCCAUUAACGCCUGGUGAUACUAUGGGCAUGAUUAUUAAAGAAGAUCAUAUAUUUAUAAUGGAGCAAAUAUUCAAGAUAAGGCACGACGGGCUAAUAUCAUAUCCUGCCGCUGAUUCAUUCUUUUCUCCCGUUCUCAGAAACUAUGGAGUCUCACCCGACGACCAGGUACGUAUCAUACGACAAGUCUCCGCCUUGGCUCGCUCCAUGAAACCGCCUAUUGUGAGAUCAAUUUCUGUGUUCAUCAUGGAUGUGAUUGUAGUUGACAUUAGUGAAAGCCGAGAGCUCUGGGAAAUUUUGGAUUUAUAUGGGGAGGAAGACCAUGGGGAUAUUGAUAUGGAGAUGGAAGAGGAUCAAAUGAUCAAGACCGUGCCGGCGACUAAAUCAUCCAUUGAUAAGUUGGAGAGGGUUGGACUUGAUCUUUCACAAGACUGUUCCAUUUGUUUGGAAAGCCUGCCAAUCGGUUUGCAAGUUGUCCGGAUGCCUUGCUCUCAUGUUUUUCAUGGUGAUUGCAUUGUUAAAUGGUUAGAGAGGAGUUGCCACUGUCCUGUGUGUCGCUUCCAGAUGCCAUGUGUUGAUUGAUU